AUGGAAGUUGACGAUGCCCCAGUCAAAAUGCAGGAUAUGGUGCGAGAAUAUGCUGAGUUGUUGAGGCAGUCAAAUGACGAGGAUGCAAAACGCAUGGUAACUCGUGUUGAGGGAAUCCUCGAGGCUACGGAUGACUCAGGUCGAAGCACACCUCACUUUGCUGCGGUUGGCGGCUGCAUGCCGAUACUGCAGUUGGCCAUCUCACAGAACAAAGCUGCUGCAAAUCGAACUGACGAUAUGGGAUGGACUCCUCUAAUGAUUGCCGCGUCCGCCGGGCGUGUCGAAGUGGUGCGAUAUCUCCUCACUCUCCCAGAAGUUGACGUCAACCAUAGAAAUAACAAUCGACAAACUGCACUCCAUUACGCUGCAAGUAAGAACCACGCGGAGAUUACACAUCUGUUGCUUGAAGCUGGAGCAGAUGUAAACGCAGCUGAUAAAUUUGGCGCCACUCCACUUCACCGAGCUGCAAGUCAAGGUCAUGACAAGAUCGUGCACAUGCUGCUUGCUCGUCCGAAGAUAUACAUCGAUCCCAGAAAUUCUGAAGGAAGCACACCUUUAUUCCUCGCAUGCGAGGAAGGUCGUGAAGACGCUGCGAUUGCUCUAGCUAGGAAAGGAGCUAGCCUUACGUUAAAGAAUAAGGAAGAGGAAUGUGCGCUGGACGUUGUGAGAACUACUGAUCUACGAGUUAAACUUCGUAACGCAGAGCAACACGCACAAAAUAUGCAAGAAUGA